AAGAAACAGAUUUAUACCACCAUUAACCGAUGAUGCCCAUGCUUGUUUAUCAUCCCCGCACAAGCACAAUGCAACCAACCACUUACGUCGUGCCAUGGGAACUAAAAUGUCAUUUGGCAGAGGAAGCGGUGACCAAAACACAGACUCUCAUUUAACUUCUGCAAGCCCUCCCUGCAGUUUUGUACAUACCCCAUCAGACUGCAAGCAGAUACCUGAUGAUGAGAGAGGCAGUGAGGACAUAAAUGCAACAGAUAUGAAUCAGACUGCUCUAAGGGCUUCAGAACAUGUGGAGUCUGACAUCCAUCUAAGCUCGAAAACUACUGACAGAAGUUGUCGGCCAAGUGAGGAUACGUUGUCACAAGUGAGGAUGAAUACGAGAUCUCUGCUGACUUCUAUGAGUUCUCCAACAGAUUGUCAAAAGGUCCAAAGAAAGCGCGGUAAGCGUGCUAAAAUCAGACCACCUCUGUCUAAAGAGAAAAAGGACUCAGGCAUUGCUGGCAUUGAUGCUGCUCAGCGUAAGGAGUUCAGCGCCACAAUAUCUUUGCCAGGCUCUUCAGUCAACCCCAACACUGGUGAUUCAGACCAUCGUAUAAUCAGCGGAUCGUCUCAAAAUGAAAAAUCAGGUUCUGAUGCUGUCUUGAAUGAUAAAAUAGAUGGUGAAUCUAAAUUGGUGGUAAAAAGAAGAAGAGGACGGCCAAAAAAAUCUGAAGCUACAACUUCACAAAAUACAGUCUCAAAGACAUCUGCCACCAGUUCCAGUUUAUCUCGUCCUAAUAACAUUGGAUGGACCCUGAGGAGUAGAGGAGAACAACAUCCUUUAAUGAAGAAAGAAAAAUCUGAUAGUAAUAAUGACAUAAAGCAAACAGAGAGGACUUCUACAGAGAACAGUAACCCAAUUUACAAUCAUGGAGUUAGGAGAAGAAGGUCUAAACCUCUGAUUAAUGAUCAAGUUCCUGCAAAAGUUGCAACACUGGAUGAUUCCAAAGAGGCCUCGUCAGUGUUGAGCAAUGUGGCAGCCUGUGCAGGGAAAGCAGAGACAGAUAAACAGGUGGGAUGGAUUGCUGAUAAACAGGAGACUGAGAUGAACAGUAAUGUUGCUGAGUUGUCAGUACAACAGCAGCAGAUGCAACUAACAGAGGAGUUGCAAUCCCCUCCAGAGCCUGAAAAGAUUCCUGCAGAGGAUCUGAACAGAUUAAAUUUGGUAAGCCUCACUCAACCUGAAUACGCCGAUAAAAAGAAGCCUUUGAGGAUAAAUGGCAGACAGGAGUCUCAGGUAAAAACUUCCAAAUCAUUUGAUCCUCCAGUUAAUGCAGAUGUGCAGAGGGCAGAAUCUCCUAGCACAGAUUUAGUAUCAUUCUCUAAAAAAGCACCACAAUCUAUAACUGUGAAAUCCGAGAAUGCCGAGACAGAACUUGAUGCUCUAACUCCUGUAUCAGAUAGUCAUACGUCUUCUCAAAACAGUGCUGACACCUCAGUGAAAUUACUAAGCAGGGAGCGAACAGUUUUUAGGUGCAAGAAAGGCGGCAAAAGAAAGAGAAGAGUAAUCAGAGUUAUGGUGAUGAGCGAGAACCAUGUAGAAAAACAGGAGGCUACGCCUGAAGUUGAACAAAAACCUGACUGUGUUGAUGUGAAAACAGAAGCUAGCUCAGAUGUCAAAGAUAAUAUCAUCCACGUUAAAAAAGGGGGCAAAAACCUGCUGAAAUGCAGCUACUGUGGCCGUCUGUUCAAAUUUUUGUCCCAGUUAAUUGUUCAUCAGCGCAUUCAUACAGGAGAAAGGCCCUUCAAAUGCGCAGAAUGUGGGAAAGGAUUCACCAAAAACUCCAACUUAAAUCUUCAUCUCAAGAUGCACCUAAAGAACAACAUGUAUCAAAAAUGUCAGCUGUGCAAGGUCAGAGUCUCCAUUGCGCAGUAUGCCGCUCAUAUGGAGACGCACACACAGGGGGUGGACCAGCAGCCCCAGACUUUUCCAAACAAGAAAAUUGAAAAACCAAGCCAAGACGGAAGCAACAAGAGCACCCAAGGAAUUCAGAAGGAAUCUGCACCUGAAAAGAAAGUCAGCAAAACCUGUCAGUAUUGUGGCAAGACGUUCCCAUUCCAGUCCGCCCUGAAGAGACACAUCCGUAUCCACACAGGAGAGAAGCCCUACAAGUGCGACAUAUGUGGCAGAGCUUUUGGGCAGUCCUAUUUCCUCCGCGUGCAUGAGCUGACGCACUGGACAGUGAAGCGUUACAACUGCACCCGCUGCGAGAAGUCCUUCUCCCACUACAGCAAUGCAAAAAACCACACGUGCAAACCAGUGAGAGGCAGUAACGAUUCCCAAACCAACAGACGCAUAAAGCCGUUGCUGACAUACACGUGCCAUAUCUGCAAGAACGUUUUCGAACAUCUGCAGAACUUCAACAAACACAUGAAGGAGCACACAGGCACAAAGCUGUUCCGCUGCUUGUAUUGCGACAAGCUGUUCAGUGUGAUGUCUGAUUUUGAAGCCCAUCGGAAUAGGUGCCCCGCAGAAAAGAAUAUGUCCAGCACGAUGAAGGAGGAAGAGAUGAUGUCGAUGAUUCAUUAUGGAGUGCCUACACAAAGCUCUUCAAAAGGCACCAAUCCACCUCUUGUAGCAGCUUCAGAUAUUAAACCACAGAAAAAACGACCAAAUAACCUUCGCAAAAAACGCCCUGUUAAUUUAAACAAGCCCCUUCAGACACCAGUCAGCCCGCCUCUUCCCGUCUCGUAUCUCGUUUCAAGGCUAAACCAACUGGAUAACAGAUCUGACCCCAGGAAAUACCUGUGUCCAAGCUGCGGCCGACAGUUCCGACAUAUGAGCAGGCUCCGAGCCCACAUGCUCACACAUUCUCACGACCAAAUGUAUCCCUGUGUCCAGUGCGGAAAGACACUGGGAAGCUGGAAAAAACUGUGGCAUCACCAGAGGGUUCAUCGGCAGCCGAGCGGCCGCUUCGCAUGUCCGCGAUGUGGGCGGGGUUUUCGAUUUGCGAUUUCUUACAGAGAGCACAUGAAUGAGCACCCCGAUUUCCACUGGAUCGAAGGGCGGCCAAAGAAAGUUUUCCUGCCUUAUCAGUGCGAGCAGUGCAGAUGUAGCUUUAGGACGCUUGAUCUGCUGUUCACUCAUCAGCUCUGCCAUUCCUCAGUGCAAGACCUACGCAAGGAGACCGACUUAGUCUUGCUCACAGAUGCUCACAUUUCUCAUUCAAGAGACAAAGUUCCUCACUCUCCCAGCAAAAAUAAUCCAGCAACAUCACAUCCAUCGACCGACAGAAUUAGCUCUAUUUUAAGCCCGUCACAAAAAUGCCCCGAUCUAAAUUCUCAAACAUCACCUUUGUUCCCAAAUUGCGGUCAAGACAUAGAUCAUUCCACUCAUUGUUCCAACAAGACACAUUUAGUCCAAGAAAAGGAUGUCUGCACUGGCAAAAUUAAAGAAAAUGGGCCCGGAAAACCUUUUACACUCCUUAAACAUGUGAAAGCACCCUGGACUAAAAAUGCCAGCAAAUCAAAGGAAGGCCCCUCAGAAAAUUUAGAGUGUGCUGUGUGUGGAGAUGCAUUUCCUGCAGUUUCAGACCUAUUUCACCAUUAUAUGGAGCAUGCAAGAGGCCAGGUUUAAAAUGCACAUUUUAAACAUGUGUCGGUGUCCUCAAAAUCAAUGUAGAGCUACAGGGGUUGGAAAAUGAAACUGAAACACCUGUCAUUUUAGUGUGGGAGGUUUCAUGGCUAAAUUGGACCAGCCUGGUAGCCAGUCUUCAUUGAUUGCACAUUGCACCAAUAAGAGCAGAG